GACCGCAAAUCAAAAGCCCUAUUUUUCUCUAUCUGAUCUCUCCCUCUCGAGUCUCGGCUCUCUGUCUCUCGUUUCCCCUUACCUCUCGACGCAAGCAGAUCAACGGCAAAACAGAGCAGCGACGGACCUCCGGUGGUGUCGACGGCGGCGAGGCAGUCCGGCGGCGUAGCAAGGGCGACGGCGGCGAGGCAGUCCGGCGGCGUAGCAAGGGCGACGGCGAAGGUCCGCGAUCGGCAACCUCUGUCCCUCGUUCGACGGAGCAGGGACGGCCGACCAGCAGCGGCGACCUUGGACCCUCUUCUCCUUCCGGCGUGAAUCAGCAGCGACGGUGGUGUUUUUCUUCGGCGAUCACUGGACGAACAGGGAAGGUGGAUUACUGAAGAAGAAGAAGAUGGAUUAAGGCUUGAUUAGGAGUUGUUAUAUAAGGAUUCUAAGGUUUCUGUUGAAGUGACUAGUCUAAAGAGUUGAGCCAAGGAUCGGGUGAUUGCUUUUGAGAGCUUUGGCUUUAAGAUUUCAUUAUCUUCUGGCGGCAUUCUAAAUGUCUACUCUGUCUUCUCCAAUGAGUUCAACUUUGUCAACAUCUCGAGGGAUAAUUCCCCCAGCUGGCUUUGGUGCAUAUGAAGAUUCCAUGAGUGGGGAUCUUGGACCUUUUGGGAAUACUCAAUCAGAGUCUAGUGACACUGAUGGACCUUUUGGGAAUACUCAAUCAGAGUCUAGUGACACUGAUGAAACUGAGUUACAUUCUGUAUCAUGGAACCAGGACUACAGUUGCUUUGCUGCUGGCACAAGUCGAGGUUUUCGUAUAUAUAACUGUGAUCCCUUCAAGGAGACUUUCAGACGUGAUAUCAAAAGUGGAGGCUUUGGGAUUGUUGAAAUGCUAUUCCGUUGCAAUAUUUUAGCACUCGUUGGUGCUAGAACCAAUACUCAAUAUCCUCCAAACAAAGUUAUUAUUUGGGAUGAUCAUCAGAGCAGGUGCAUUGGUGAGUUUUCAUUUAGAUCUGAGGUUCGUGCUGUGAAACUACGACGGGAUCGCGUUGUUGUUGUUCUUGAAUACAAGAUAUAUGUCUACAAUUUUAUGGACCUAAAGCUUCUUCAUCAGAUAGAGACUUUGGAGAAUCCUAGGGGACUUUGCUGCCUGUCACACUACUCAAAUACAUCAGUAUUGGCUUGUCCAGGCCUUCGACGAGGACAAGUUCGUGUUGAGCAUUUUGGCCUGAACAUGACAAAAUUAAUCAAGGCUCAUGAUUCUCAGAUAGCAUGCUUAACCUUGACAAUGGAUGGGCUUCUUCUUGCCACGGCUAGCACCAAGGGCACUUUGAUAAGAAUUUUCAAUACAAUGGAUGGGACUCAGUUGCAAGAGGUACGCAGAGGUGUAGACAAAGCCGAUAUCUACAGUAUAGCACUAUCACCAAAUGUUCAGUGGUUGUCGGUUUCUAGUGACAAAGGUACUAUUCAUGUAUACAGCCUAAGAGUGCGAAUUGUUGGGGAGGAUGUUGCGACUGAUAGCAGCACUGUUGGAAAUCAAGCGCUGUUGUAUCAACAGCAUUCAUCAACUUCACUUGAUGCUCUUAUUUCUCCAAGCACCGGUGCCAACCCUGGCUCGUCAUUGUCAUUCAUGAGAGGGGUUUUACCAAGGUAUUUUAGCUCGGAGUGGUCAUUUGCUCAGUUUCACUUGCCAGAGUGUACCCAAUUCAUCGCUGCAUUUGGUUCUCAGAACACUGUUAUUAUCGCUGGCAUGGACGGGAGGUAUGAGGCACUAUUCUCUAAUUUGUUAUUAAGAUAUACAUUCGCAACAUUUGGCACAAAAUCACUACACUUGCUUUUUAUGUGUGUAUAAUUGUAUAUUCACUUUGUUCAUUGCAAAA